AUGUACUUUGAGGUAAAAGUGGGAGGCCCUCGAAAUCUACAUUCUAACUACCCUGAAGAUACGGAAGAUACCGAAACGGAGAAAUCAGGAUACAAUUUCUUCCGUCCUGAAAAACUGAACCACCGUUACGAUAUCAAUACUGAUACUAAUAGCAAGAAUGAUUUCGAUGAGGAAACGGGAAGAGAAGAAGUGCAAUGCAGUGAAUCGGGAGACCAUGACCAUGAUCGUUUCACUACAGUGAGUUCAUCGGACCAAGAGGAGGGAGAUGAUGACGUGGCGUCCAGAUCCGAGAUCGGGACCCGCGACUCGGAGAAGUUGCAGCAUCUCCAUCGGACUCAUCAGCCGUUGCAACCGCCGCUACUGCAGCCGGUGUACGGGGCUGCUGCGGGGAUUAAAAUGGAUAAUAAGUCGGAGGAUGCUGGUGCCAUGAUGGAUAUGACAAAGGUUGUUAGGCAUAAGAAUUUCGAACGCGAAACAAAAUUUAAGUUUCAGGCUAGAGAAGCAGUAAAGAUCGAGCAUGAGAAAAAGUUAUCAGCAUUGCAAAGCCAAGAAUACAAAGGGGAAGAUGAAACCAAGAUAAACAAGACCAAGGCAUUGAUAACAAGGCUGCAGUCACUAAUUAUCGUCACAUCUCAGGCUGUUUCCACCACUUCGAUUGCCAUUAUCGGGCUCAGAGACAGCAAUAUUGUUCCCCAGCUUGUCGAAAUUUGCCAUGGCUUGAGGUAUAUGUGGGGGUCGAUGCAUCAAUACCAUGAAGUUCAGAACAACAUCGUGCAGCAAGUCCGUGACCUUAUAAACCGAUCAGGGAAAGGCGAUUCGACUUCCAAACUGCACCGGCAAGCAACGCGUGAUCUUGAGUCCGCUAUCUCUGCAUGGCACUUUAGUUUCUGCCGUUUAAUAAAAUUCCAACGGGAUUUUACCUGCUCCCUCCAUGGUUGGUUCAAGCACACCCUUGUUCCUCUCAGCAGUGACAAUGUCGAUGGCAACGCAGACCCUUCUGGUGUAUAUGCAUUUUGCGACGAGUGGAAGCUUGCACUUGACCGUGUUCCUGACACCGUAGCUUCAGAAGGUAUCAAAAGUUUUAUCAACGUUGUCCAUGUGAUAUCUACUAAACAAACCGAAGAGCUUAAAGUUAAGAAGCAAACCGAAACUGCAUCAAAGGAGCUUGAGAAAAAGGCAUCAUAUCUCCGGAAAAUAGAAAGGAAGUUCUACCACUCGUACUCUAUGGUUGGUCUACCUGAUUCAGGACCUGAUCAUGGUCUGGUUCUGGAUGCUCGGGACCCCCUUGCCGAAAAGAAAUCAGAGCUUGCAGCCUGCCAGAGGAGGGUGGAAAAUGAAAUGCAGAGGCACGCUAAAGCAGUAGAGGUGACUAGAUCAAUGACUCUGGAUAAUCUGCAAACAGGCUUACCGGGGGUUUUUCGAGCAUUAACCAGCUUUUCUGCUGUAUUUACGGAGGCACUCGACUUGGUAUGCUCAAGUUCCUAUCAUAUCAAAUAG